AUGAGGUUUCGCUGAUGCGGUGCGAGGCUGCAGCUGAGCACUUGGAGGAGCAUUUUAUGUGAAGCGAGUGCGCCCGACUGACAAUAUCUUUCUCUCGCCCAUUGUGCAUUGCGUCCGACACUCGGAAAGUUGGCAGUUAGAAGAAAGCCAUGGAUAUUGACCCUGCAGAACGUAGGUAUUUGGAGGAAGAGGAUAGUCCACUGAUGAAGACAAUGAAAGGUACAACAACAGGUUUUGCUGCCGGGACUAUUUUUGGGACCAUUGCUGCCACAUGGUAUGAUGUGCCUCGUGUUGAGAGAAACGUUGCUCUUCCGGGGCUAAUAAGAACCCUGAAGAUGAUGGGUAACUAUGGGGUGACAUUUGCUGCAAUUGGGGGAGUUUACAUUGGUGUUGAGCAGCUUGUGCAGAAUUACAGGAUGAAGAGAGACUUUGUCAAUGGAGCUGUUGGCGGUUUUGUGGCUGGCGCAACUGUUCUAGGUUUCAAAGGAAGGAGCAUUAAAACAGCAAUUUCUGCUGGAGCAGCAUUGGCAGUCACUUCUGCUUUAAUUGAUGCUGGCGGUCAGACUACAAGAAUUGACAAUGGCAAGGAAUACUACCCUUACACCACCAAGAAAAGAUCCACUGUCGAUUGAUAAAUUUUCAUUGCUGCCGUUGUCAAAGAAGAAAUUGGCAUCUUACUGGAGAAAAUCAUCACUGUUUACUGAACUGGUUGUAUGUCUGUUUUCAGAGAUGUUGAUCAUACUCUCCUCGGAUAUCUUUCCCUGUUUUUUUUUUUCCAAGGUUUUAUUUUGAACCAAUAAUGUAAUAAAUAGGCUUUGUGAUGUUGUCGAAGUUAAGGUAGAUGUUAAUUCUGAUUUGAGAGCA